AUGCUGCUACCAACAAUAUUUGUGGGACUCAUUGCCUGCGUAGACCAGAUCCUGGUCUUUGAGAACAACCCAAAUGACUACUACUGCCUUGUUACACUGCAGCCAGACGUGGCAGCCCAGGGCUACUUCAUUUACAAGAACUCCGACAAGGGCGAGAACAAUGCGAAGCCUGUUCACGAGGGUGACAUCGAAAGAAUGGACAAUAGCACGCCUAAGGCUGGAAAAUACAAGCUUGAGAUUGUGACUGGGGCAAAUAAGGUGAAGAAGGACGGUACGGCCUACUCAUUUCAAAUCACGGUGGCAGACUCAAAGGCGCCUAUCUUCACGGAGCCAUUUGCAUGGGACUCGUCAAAGGAGGGCUUCGUCUACUACACGGAGCUGAGUGUCCCGUUCUACAGGUCACUUCCGUUCCUGAUCACAAUGGGCGUCCUUGGCCUCGUAGUUGUCGGUGGUGCAAUCUACGUGAUCAUGAAGAAGGGGAAGCAGAAUGUGGAAGAAGAGCUGUGA